AUGUCGAAUCAAAAGCCGAGUUUUAGGUUUGAGAUAGAUAUCUUCUCGAAGAAGGAAUCUGCCAUAAAGUCUCAGACAUUCUUGAGUGGUGGAUGCGAAUGUGUAGAAGAGGAAGCAAUUGCAGAAGCAGCAAACAACUUGUUUUGCGCUAAGACUCCGGGCAGGGUUUUUGCGACCUUGCCUCUAAGCAAGUUACAGGAAAAAGGAGUUUUGUUUACUUCACUGUCGAAGCUUUUCGAUGAGCACCCAGACAUUGCAAAAGAUUUCAAACUAAAGAACCAAGUGGUGAAGACAGAAUACAUGAAUGUUCUCCUUAAUCUCAUUGAGACAGUUGAAAAGCCUUCAAAGAAUCAAUCACACACUGAGCUAGGCAAAGCUCGCAGCGAGUUGAGUGAGCUGAUGGAAGUAGGUUUCAAGCUGGACUGGUUGAAGUCAAAGCUUGAGAAGGGUUCUUUGGAGAGUUUGAGGUCAAAGCUUGAGGAGAUUUCUUUGGGGAAGAAGAAAGCAGAAGAUGCUGAUAGGUCUCGAGGAACGCCUCAAGAAUCUUGA